AUGAUAAGCGUCAUCAAUGGAGGACUAACCUUGGCAGGUAUAUCCAACCGCUCAAGGAAGCAAUACAUUCUAGCGGCCCAAUACCCACAAGUCUUCUGCAUUGAAAGCAACCAGCAUCAUAAGCUUUUGAAGAUUCGAUGGGAACCCAUCACCUUCUACGAGGAAGAGGAAGAAGGGAUCCUUUACCCCCAUGAUGAUCCAAUGAUCAUCCGAGCCGAGAUUGCUGACUUUGACAUAGGACGAGUCUUAAUUGAUACAAACAGUUCGGUCAACAUCAUUUUUGUUGAUGCGAUCGGGGAGUUGGGAAUAAACGAUAGCCACGUCAAUCGGCAGCUCACGCCCCUCCUUAGUUUCUCUGGAGACUUGGUCUAG